CGCGCAUGCAGAGGCUGUGGACGACUGGCUUGUGUGUAUCAGCGGUCUAUACCUCCCUCAACAUUCAAGUCGUCUCCAAAAGCUGCACUUUCUCGCAAAUCGAUCGCGCGGAGGCCGAAACGUGAAGUAUUAUUUCGGCUCUUCUUGAAUCUAAUCUGUGUUGUGUGUAAGAGGAAACGGCGAUGUCAGUCACAACGCUGGUAGCUGAAGUGUGACGCCCCCCCUACUCUCCUCUUCUUCUCACACACCUACCUAACGCGCACUUAUUAUCCACAAGGGGAACCAUUUUUCUCGAGGAGAGCAAUUUUCUCUACCUAUGUAGAAACACCUACAACUCAUUCAUCAACUUUCUGUGUGUGCCAAGACGCGUGUGCCGACUUUUCUCUGUGGCGGGUGGUACGGGAGCUUGGUCUAUAUCCGUGCUAAUCCUCAAGUCUCUAAAUAAUCUGCCGUGACAAGGCGCGUGUCGAUCUGUUGCUGGAGAAACAGCGGUGCUAGGACCAAGCUGUGCGCCCUCAGAUAAUUGGAGUAUUAAGUUUGUUUGUGUGAUAACCUCUUUCUGCAGCUCAGAGCUGAUACCACGCUUCAAUUCGACAAAGUGCCUCCACCCCUGUAUGCAUUCCUAUUGGAGAAAACUCAUUUCGUUAAUUCGACCAGGAGGUGCUUUCCGGAAAAAUCGAAAUUAUACUUUUGGAUACUGCCUGUUCCCGGCUCGUAAUUGUGGCUUUGCAAACUCAGUCAGAAGUGAUUAAAAUGCGUUUAGCUUAUAGUUAUUUUCACCAAACAGGAUUGUUGUGAUCGGCAAGUGUCGGUCGUGCUCUAUCGGCUGUGGUAGCAUCUGGGGCGAGCACAAUACUUCCGCUUGCCUGACUCGCGUCUGAUCAGGAAUCGAAUGUUGUUGAGAAGUGGACACCUUCACCAUGAAACCCCUGAAUUUAGCGCUGUUUGCGCUGUCGACGGUGGCGUGUGUCGUCUGCGAGCAGCGAAUAGAACCUCAUGCCAAAAAAUUAUAUUUUGAUUUGAUGACAUACAGAAAUUACAAUCCGCUCAUCAAACCUUCUGGUGACGCCGAUGGAAAGCUGACAGUGAAGUUGGGAAUGCGACUCUCACAGUUGCUGGAUGUGGAUGAGAAGAAGCAAGUGAUAUCACUCAGCGUCUGGCUGCACCACGAAUGGACGGAUCUCAGACUGAAAUGGGACCCGGAUGAUUAUGGCGGAGUUAAGAAAUUGCAUAUCCCGUCUAACCAGCUUUGGAGACCAGAUAUUGUCCUCUACAACAACGCCGACGGAGAAUUUGUGAUAACAUUACAGACAAAAGCUACAGUGAAUUAUAACGGCAAGAUAGUAUGGGAGCCGCCAUCAAUCUACAAAAGCUACUGUCCCAUUGACGUCGAGUUCUUCCCAUUUGAUAUGCAGCAUUGCUUCCUUAAAUUCAGUUCCUGGACCUACAAUGGUAACGAGUUAGAUCUACAGCAUAUGUGCAAUGGCGUGGAGACCCAAAACGAUGGUCUCGUCAUCACCCGCGGCAUUGACAUCAGAGACUACUACCACAACGUCGAAUGGGACAUCAUCAACGUGACAGCAAGACGCAAGGAGAAGUUCUACGCUUGCUGCCCAGGACCCUACCCCGAUAUUACGUUCAACAUCACCCUGCGGCGGCGUACGCUCUUCUACACGCUCAAUUUGAUCAUGCCCUGCAUCUCCAUCUCUUGUCUUACUGUGCUCGUGUUUUACCUGCCUUCUGAUUCCGGAGAAAAGAUCACGUUGUCUAUAUCUAUAUUGCUGGCGUUGACAGUGUUCUUCCUGUUGUUAUCUGAUAUAAACCCUCCUACGUCGCUUGUGAUACCAUUGAUUGGGAAAUAUUUACUUUUCAUUAUGAUAGUAGUGACUAUGUCUAUAUUUCUGACGGUUUACACGCUGCAUAUCAAUUUUAAAACACCAACAACGCAUAAAAUGUCUCCGUGGGUUAGGAGAGUUUUCACGGAGAUAUUGCCUAAAAUAUUGUUAAUUAAACGACCAUCUCUCGAUAAGGCGCCGAAGGUGGCCGUAAGAACUUGCAACGGCAUAGAAAUGAGAGAAACGGCGGCAGCGGCGGCGGCCGCAGCAAGGUCACGUGACUGGCACAUGUACGAGAAUGUCCGACAUGGAUGUCGGUCUGAGGAGAUGGAGGAGGAAGGCAACUUUACCCCAGAUGUCAAAGAAGCUCUUAAAGGGGUCAAGUUUAUAGCUGACCAUAUGAAAAACGAAGAUGAGGAAAUGGCAGAAAUCCGAGAUUGGAAGUACAUCGCCAUGGUAAUGGAUCGCUUCUUUUUAUAUAUAUUCACUACUGCAACCUUCAGCGGUACUCUCAGCAUCUUCCUGUACGCCCCAUCGCUCUAUGAUGGACGAGAACAAAUGGAAAGAGAAGACCCCAACGCAACCUGCGUAUACUAGUUGUCUCCCUUGUGCAUAACUCUUUUUGUCAGUGUGGAUCAAAUCGUGAUUGCUGUUCAAGCUUCCUUAUGCACAUGCGAGUCCGAGAAUCAUUCUGCGAGGCCGGUUUCAAACCUGUACAGAGACGCUUUGCAUUCAUUUAAUGUUUCCAAUAUUUUUCUACAUAAGAACCAUCGUAGUUUCAUACAAAAAUACCGGCAGCAUCCAAGAAUUGGAUUAGCCAGCAUGUCAACAAAGGAAGAUUACUCUUGUGAAAGGGAGAUAAGUGUUCACACUGCCAGGAAUAAUUCUUCUGUCUGUAUUAUGCUGGGUUAAUUUUCAAAGUAUUUAAUAAUUUCAUAUGUUUGUUCCUCUAUUGCUUAAUUAUAUCAUCGCACCAAGCAGUAAGUUGAUUUGAUUGCAAAGUGAUUAUGUAUUUAUUCAUCAAUUUAUUCUUUUUUAUGUGUACAGAUUUGAAAUAUUAUUGCACCGUUUGAAUUCAUAUGUUGAAUUGUCCAUAGUUUAUUAUUGACUGUCAUUCCUUUUGUAAAAAGAAGUAUGAUAAUUAUUUUAGUGUCCCAUUGUGGCACACGUUCCCUCUGCUUUACUCACCGUGUGAACUGCUGGUGUUAACUGAAUUCAGUGUGUCAUUGUAUAUAUACGCGCCGAACUACUUUUUGGUAAUGGUUAUACAGUAAGGCAACAGCCUCACUUUCAUAAUAAAGCCAUAGAUAAAAAACA